AUGGAAAUGGAAAGGGCAACCACAAACAAGCGGAGCUUUACACAAAGCACGGCUACUGCUAAAGAGUCGGCAAAAAGCGCCCCUGUGUGUAGUACCACCACCUCACCUGUGAAAGAUAAGCCUGAAGAAAAGAAAAUAGCAAAGGUUGAGCCGACAGAGAGGAAGGCUAAGAAGCAGAUCGAAUCCCCCAAGGAUCUCUGUCCCGUGUCAUGCGAUUGCACGUUUUCCAACUACCCGGACCUAAGCAAUCACAAUAACCAUCUAGGAAAAUGCCUUACACCAGAGAUUUUUGAUAAACUUGCCAACGUAAAGACGUCAUCAGGAUUUACAUUGGAUGGAUGCAUGCAAACUGGUGUUGACAACCCCGGUCAUCCUUUCAUCUAUACCGUAGGUUUAGUUGCAGGAGAUGAGGAAUGCUACGAAACAUUCAAAGAUCUCUUCGACCCUGUAAUUAGUCGCCGUCACAACGGUUAUCAGAGUGAUGCAAUUCAUUGCACCGACCUCAACCCAGACCAUCUCAAUGGAGGCGAUGAUCUCGAUCCAGCAUACGUCCUUUCAUGCCGUGUCCGAACAGGUAGAUCUAUUCGAGGAUACUGCCUACCUCCACACUGUAGUAGAGCUGAGCGACGCGAUGUUGAGAAAAUUGUGGUUGGAGCUUUAGCUACGCUUGAUGGCCCACUCAAGGGCAAAUACUACCCAUUAACAGGCAUGACAGAUCAGGAGCAACAACAGCUCAUUGAUGACCAUUUUCUCUUCGACAAACCGGUCUCUCCACUUUUGACAUCAGCUCACAUGGCACGAGAUUGGCCAGAUGCAAGGGGUAUCUGGCACAAUGAAAACAAGAAUUUUUUGGUCUGGGUCAACGAAGAAGACCAUACACGUGUGAUUUCAAUGGAAACUGGCGGGAACAUGCGCUCUGUCUUUACACGUUUCUGCAAUGGUCUGAAUCAGGUCGAGACAGCAAUGAAAAAGAAAGGCUAUGAAUUCAGCUGGAAUGAACAUCUUGGUUACAUCCUUACAUGUCCAUCUAAUCUUGGCACAGGCGUUCGAGCUGGAGUUCAUGUAAAGCUGCCAAAACUAAGUACGAACAGUGCAUUUAAUGACAUAUUAGACAAAAUGAAGUUGCAGAAGAGAGGAACUGGUGGUGUUGAUACGGCAUCCACUGAUGGUACAUUCGAUAUUUCUAAUGCUGAUCGCCUUGGUUCAUCAGAGGUGCAACAGGUUCAAGCUGUCAUCGACGGUGUCAAGACUCUGGUGGCAAUGGAGAAGGCACUCGAAAAAGGAGAGUCGAUUGAUGCACUGAUGCCUGGGUACGAUGCCACAGCCCUAAAAGGAUACCCAGACCUAUCUAAACAUAACAACCACAUGGCACAUUGUUUGUCACCAGAUAUUUGGAUGAAACUGAAAGACAAACGUACAGCCACAGGCUACACUGUUGCUGACUGUAUCGAGACUGGUGUCCAGAAUCCUGGCCAUCCUCACAUCAUGACUGUUGGUAUGGUUGCCGGAGAUGAAGAAUCUUACGAGUUGUUCGCCGAUCUCUUCGACCCUGUUAUUGCCGCACGUCACAGCGGCUAUAGCAAAGAUGCAAAGCACAUCACCGACUUAAAUCCUGAUAAUCUGCAAGGAGGUGAUCAAUUUGAUGAGAAGUACGUUCUGUCAUGUCGGGUUCGUACUGGACGUAGUAUUCGUGGAUACUCACUGCCAACUCACUGCACCUGUGAUGAGCGUAAAUCGGUUGAAACCAUCCUGACUGAUGCUCUUGCCAAGCUAGAUGGUGAUUAUAAAGGUUCUUACUAUCCGCUUGAGGGGAUGUCUGAGGAGACACAGCAGAAAUUGAUUGACGAUCAUUUUCUUUUCGAUAAACCCGUUUCUCCCUUGCUGACAGCAGCAAAAAUGGAUCGUGACUGGCCACAAGCACGUGGAAUAUGGCACAAUGAGGACAAGAACUUCUUGGUAUGGAUCAACGAAGAAGAUCACUCGCGAAUGAUCUCUAUGGAAAGGAGUGGCAACAUGAAGCGCGUGUUUAAACGGUUUUGCGAGGGUCUAAAUCAGGUGGAAGAUAACAUUAAAAACGCUGGUCAUUCAUUUAUGUGGAAUGAACAUCUCGGAUUUGUACUUACUUGCCCUUCUAACCUUGGUACUGGACUCCGUGCUGGUGUACACCUAAAAGUUCCACUUCUAUGCCAGGAUGAGCGUUUCGAUAAGAUACUAAAAGUUAUGCACCUGCAAAAGAGAGGAACUGGAGGAGUUGACACUGCCUCUACUGACGGGACAUUUGAUAUAUCAAACUCCGACAGAUUAGGUUCAUCCGAAGUUGCGCAAGUUCAAAUGUUAAUAGAUGGAGUUGAGCUACUAAUAAAAAUGGAGAAGCUCUUGGAAGGAGGCAAUCCUAUAGACGACUUGCUUCCAGAAAGUAUGAAACCUAAACCCCCUGUAACAUUGAUGAGCGACAACUAUCCAGAUCUUUCAAAGCACAACAAUUACAUGGCAAAGGUUCUAACGAAAGAAAUGUAUGAUAAGCUUUCAACUCUAAAGACAAAGUCAGGUUUCACCUUAGACGACUGUAUGCAGACUGGUGUAGACAACCCUGGGCAUCCAUUCAUUAUGACAGUCGGUCUAGUUGCUGGUGAUGAAGAGUGUUAUGACCUUUUCGCAGAUUUGUUCGAGCCAGUAAUAAACCUACGUCACGGAGGCUACCAGAGGGACGCUAAGCACAGCACUGACCUCAAUCCCGAUCACCUGGUUGGAGGUGACGACCUGGACCCAGAAUUUGUUUUGUCCUGUCGUGUGCGAACUGGUCGUAGCAUUAGAGGAUUUGGUCUGCCACCUCACUGUUCACGGUCUGAAAGAGCUGCCGUUGAAAAGAUACUCACGAAUGCUCUUUCUGGACUUUCAAAGCCACUUAAGGGAAAAUAUUAUCCUCUUUCUGGGAUGUCAGAAGCCGAACAGCAGCAGCUUAUUGAUGAUCAUUUCUUAUUUGAUAAACCGGUCUCUCCACUUCUGACAUCAGCAAACAUGGCACGUGAUUGGCCACAAGCACGUGGAAUUUGGCAUAACACGGAAAAGAAUUUCCUUGUGUGGAUAAAUGAAGAGGAUCAUUCAAGAGUCAUAUCUAUGGAGAAAGGAGGAAACAUGAAGAAGGUGUUCACCAGGUUCUGUAACGGUUUAAACCAAGUGGAAAAAGCAAUUAGGAAGAAGGGUUACACAUUCAUGUGGAAUGAACAUCUAGGUUACGUCUUGACCUGCCCAUCAAAUCUUGGGACCGGGAUGAGAGCCGGCGUGCACGUUAAACUUCCACUGCUUAGUAAACAUGCGAGAUUCGGCGAUAUUCUUGACAAACUGCGUCUUCAGAAGCGGGGCACUGGCGGCGUCGACACCGCAUCGACAGAUGGUACCUUUGACAUUUCAAACAACGAUCGUUUAGGCACAUCCGAAGUACAGCAAAUGCAGAUGGUAGUGGAUGGCGUAAAGAAAUUGGUUGAAUUGGAGAAGGCACUUAUGAAAGAAGAGAGCAUAGACAACCUUCUGCCUUAA